AUGACAUCAAACUGUGUUGGGAGGAAACAAGUCAGAUAUCUUCAGAAUGAGUACGCUAAACUCCUUCUAUCUCCGGGUUUCUCCCAUAUCAAAACAUUGCUGGAGGAUGGUGAGAAACUGAACUACCAGGCAAACCACCUGGAGGAGUAUCUGAGAAAUCUGACAGACCAGACGAGCCACAGUCUAAUAAGUAUGCAGGGGGCUGUUUCGUCACUGUUUGACUAUGCUGUUAAAACUGCUUUCAAGAACAGUAAACACUCUGUUCAACUUAAUGUGCCCACCAAACGUAGUUUCGGAGAUUAUCAGUGCAAUUCUGCUCUCGGCAUCCGGAAAGAGAUAAACAGUAAUUUAAGUCCACUUGAUAUUGCCAAUUCAAUAAUUGCUGCCCUACCCGUUAACGAUAUGAUCGAAAAAGUAGAUAUUGUUCCUCCUGGUUUCAUAAACAUCUGGAUCCGUCAAACGUUUGUUGCUUCAGAAGUCAGGAAAAUACUACUUUCCGGAGUGAAGCCCCCAUUCGUACGCCAAAAGUAUUCUGUAAUCGUUGAUAUGUCCUCUCCAAACAUUGCAAAAGAAAUGCAUGUUGGGCACCUAAGGUCAACUAUUAUUGGUGAAAGUAUUGCUCGAUUACUGACAUUUCUUGGACACAAAGUACUAAAAUUAAAUCAUAUUGGUGAUUGGGGUACUCAAUUUGGUAUGCUGAUUGCUCACUUGAAAGAGAUGUAUCCUGAUCGUAAAACAGCUCCUAUAUCUGAUCUUCAGGCUUUUUAUAAAGAAUCCAAAUUAAGAUUUGAUCAAGAUGAAGAUUUCAAUCAAAGAGCCCACUCAGCUGUUGUUAAACUUCAACAAGGCGAUCCUGAAUAUGUUAAUACUUGGAAACAAAUUUGCGACAUAUCACGAAAAGAAUUUGAUGAUAUUUAUCGUCGUUUGGAUAUCAAGAGUCUUGUUGAGCGAGGAGAAUCAUUUUAUCAAACUCGCAUGGUAGAGUUUGUUGAAGGCUUGAAAAACCAAAAAGCUUUGCAGGAAGAUGAAGGCCGACUGAUUUUAUGGCCUCCAAAAUGCGAAAUUCCGCUCACAGUUGUUAAAUCGGAUGGUAGUUUUACCUACGACACAUCUGACUUAACUGCUUUACUUCAGCGGUUGCAUGAAGAGAAGGUGGAUUGGGUGUUGUAUGUUGUAGACAUGGGUCAGAGUGUUCACUUUAACACAGUAUUUGCGGGUGCAGAAAUACUUGGCUACUAUAAUCCUGAUGUACAUAGAGUUCAGCAUAUUGGUUUUGGUGUGGUGCUUGGCGAAGAUAAGAAAAAAUUCAAGACUCGUUCUGGUGACACUGUACGUCUUGUUGACUUGUUGGAUGAAGGCCUCGAAAGAGCGAAAAGCAGGCUUGUUGAAAAGGAGAGAAAUAAAGAGUUAACUGAAACUGAGUUAGAACGUGCUCAAAAGGCAGUCGCUUAUGGUUGUAUUAAGUAUGCUGAUUUGUCACACAAUCGAACAAUCGACUAUGUAUUCUCAUUUGACAGGAUGUUAGACGAUAAAGGAAAUACUGCAGUUUACUUAUUGUAUGCCUAUACUCGGAUAAGAUCAAUAAUUAGAAAUGCUGGCUACUCUGAAAAGACUAUUAAUCAAAUCUCACAGACAGUAACGCUUACAUUUGAUCAUCCUAUGGAUUUAUGUGAUUAUCUUUACGAUUUGAGUUGUACUUUUACAAGCUUCUAUGAUUCUUGCUAUUGUAUUGAACGUAAUCAAGAUACAGGUGAUGUGAAAAUCAACGAAGAACGUAUUCUGUUAUGUGAAGCUACUGCCCGUGUUAUGAAAUGUGGAUUCGAUAUACUUGCGAUUGAAACAGUUGAAAAAAUGUAA